ACUCCAACAAACGCAUUUUCUUACAUCCCUUAAUCUAGCCGUUGAGACAAACCUCUCUCUCUCUCUCUCUCUCUCUCUCUCUCUCACAAAUCUGUAAGAAUGGGAAAGCUUCUCUGCGAUUCAACGGCGACAUUGCAAUCUCCGUCACAGAACGUUCAAUGGAGAGAACCGCCGACAGCCUCCGUACCCCUCUCCGACGUGGAUCUCGUCGACCAAUCCACCGCAGCCGCCGCUGUCGAAGCGGCGGAGAAAACCAUGUCCGCCGCCGCAACAACCGCGUGGGACGAGGUUUACGGUCUCGAGGAGCAGCAGAGACGGCAUCUCCAGCGUCUCCACGCGAUGGGCGUUCUGUGGAAGCAUCCCGGCGGGAAAGGACAGACCUCGUCGCCUCCCGUCGUUUUCCGCCUCUCCCACGGCGGAGAGGUCUCCUCCGACGGGAACUGCCUCUUCACGGCGUCGCAGAAGGCCUUGGGGCCGCGUGGGAUCGACGCUCGGGACCUAAGGCGGCGCACGGUGAGGAGGUUCCUGGAGGAUUUCGGAUCCGGGGAGGAGGAGAAGGAGGCUAUCGCGGAGGCGAUUAGGCAUAUGUACUCGCCGGAUCUGAAGGCUGGGUGGGGGAUUCAUAUCGUUCAGGAGGAGAAGCUGCUCGCUAAGAAGGACGAGCGUGAGAGCCUAGAUUCCGCCGUUGAGGAGCUCAUGCAAAUCGGAAUGCAAAGAGAAACGGCUGCAGAGUCAAUCUACAGGGAGAGAUGUCUACCGGUGAACGAUGGGCCUAGUUGGGCCAAGUACAUGUCGAUAUCAGGAUCAUCGGAAGAUGAGCAUGACAUCAUCACCUUGCAGUAUACUGAAGACGGUUUGUUGUCUGUAGAUGAGAACCGGCAAGGACAUGCAGCAGCUUUUGGGGAUGACAUUGCAAUUGAAUGUCUCGCCACAGAGUUCAAACGAGAAAUCUAUGUGGUGCAAGCGCAUGGAUCAGAUGGGAUGGUGGAUGAAGAGAACUGUGUGUUCUUCCUUCCUCACAAGCCAAGAAGUGAGAUAAUCGAGUCUCCACUCUUUCUAUUCAUGAAAGGGACAGGUUGGUGUGGUGGUGGAGCAGAUCAUUACGAGCCUUUAAUAGCAAACGCAUCUCCGAUGAUAUCUCAUGAGAAAGUCGCCCUCGUUCUGUGAUUUUGAGCUCCUUGAAAGACACCACAGUUUUGUUGGAGGGUUUUUGGUAGAGAGUUUUGUUGUUGUUGUUGUUGUUGGUAGAAAGAGAAUCAUGUUUUUAGAGAGAUUUAAAUUUUGUUUUUAUGUGCAGGCUAUUGGCCUGCUGAGUUAAAAAGCUUCUUCUUCUUCUUCUUCCCACAUUUGUAGUAGUGUUUUUUGAUAGAGAGAGUAAUUUGAUUGUCAUCGUUUGUUCGUUAUUGAGGGAAUGAAAACGAAAAGUCUUUGUCUU